CCUCCUGAGCAACCUGACCAGGAAAGCACAGAGGGAGAAUAGGCUCAGUACUGGGCUGACAGCUUACAUCUUGGGUAAGUCCGGUUCCAUGAGAUAAACUACUAAGCUACCAGGAAACGCGAAGGCACUGGGUAUAUUUGGUCCCUUAGCACUGGGUGGGUUUCUACACAGCGCCCCCCUGGAGGCUGAACCACUGACUGGAAGACUCUUUUCCCCCACCUCCACUCUAUCCGAUUUAACUCACACCAGAGGCCAGCAUGGAGGUGGUGUCGGUGGGCAACCUCAUCGACUUCGACCUCCCCUCCAGCACCAAGGGAGCCCCACCUCCCAUCUCUGGCGGCACCCUCCUCCUCCAGCCGGACGUCUUCGCUACGCAGAGCCUGCUGCCCUCUCCGAUCCUGCCCUCGCCUCUAGCGCCUCUUGCGCCUCUUGCGCCUCUUGCGCCCACGGCGGUGCCCACCGAUGACGAUGGCGACAGCGAUGCCACCGAAUCGGCCGACAGCGAGAACGACGGCGCCAAGUCACCCUCCCUCCAGUCGCAGACGUCACGACGCUCCUCAUCCUCGUCGACCCACAGUGCGGAGGACGAGGAGGUCACAGAGAAGAGGGAGUUUGUUAAGGCCUAUGUGGAGAAAGUGUUCCAUGGCAGGGAGGACUUUGACCAGGAGGAGAAGGCCCGCUUCGGGGAGCUGUGCAGUGGAGAGUCCGGCAGCAAAGGCAGGGAGUGGUUCGCCCGAUACGUCAGUGCACAGCGCUCCAACUCCAAGUGUGUGAGCGAGCAAACCUUCUACAGACUGGUGCAGUCCUUUGCCGUGGUGCUGUAUGAGUGCCACCAGAUGGAUGAUUACGGUCCUGCCAAGAACCUGAUGACCAUGUGCUUCACCUACUACCACAUGGGCAAGUCGCAGCUGUCACCCACAGAGCUUCUGGACCGUCCGAGUUCAGGAAUGGACUCUUACCUGCGGACCGCCAAUUCCUGGCUCUCGGGCAAGAAGGACAUGGCCGAGAGGCUGCUGAAGACCACCUCAGCCAGGUCUGACGUCAAGGGCUUCUUCGGAGGCCUGGAGAGCAAGCUGAGAGGCCCAUCUGCUUGCAAGAAUGAAGAACCAGAGAGUCCAGUCGAUGGAAGGCCCAAAACUCCAGCAUCCCCGGAACCACCCGAGGAGAAGAAGAUAGAGAAGAUGUACCUGUACACCCAGCUCAAUCAGCAGCCAAUCUGGCAAACGCUGCGGUUCUGGAAUGCAGCCUUCUUCGACGCCGUCCAUUGUGAGAGGAGGAAGAUGUCGCCCACCACAAGGCUCUCAGCUGAGGAGGAGAAAGAUGAGAGGGAGAAAUGGUGUCACAUGACCCAGGAGGAGAGAGACGACACAUCAAGGUUCAAUGAGAAUAUCACCUUCGGACAGCUAGGAACCUUCACCCACAACAUGUUGGCAUUUGGCUUGAGCAAGAAACUCUGCAAUGACUUCCUGAAAAAGCAGGCUGUCAUAGGAAACCUGAAUGAAGAGCAAUACAAGCUACUGAGUGACCACAUCCAACAGAUGGCCCAGGAGUGAGGGAGAGGAGAGGAGAGGAGAGGAGAGAGCAGCUCUCUGCAGUGAAGGCUUGGACUCCAACACAAAACCCACACACCCAGUGCAUAUCAGGAGACACACACAUACACACAAAUAUAUAUAUAUACAUAUAUACACAGAUAUACACCUUCAUACUUCCAUCCAUACACGUACACAUAAAUAUAUAAACACACAGAUAUUAACAUUCACUUGUAAUACACUUGUAGCUUUUCCUUAUCCGACAGUCAACUCUCACACUACACAAGCUCUUAGGCUACAGAAACAAAAUCUCUAAUAACGUCUCCCAGCUACUGGUCAUUCCCCCGAAGAAUACUGCCACUUUGAAGUGGUUUUUUUUGGGUCGUUACGUCAAAUAUGAAGUCUAUCGCAGUUUGAAGAUAAGGAUUGCUGACAUUAACAUUAUCAACUAAAAUAUUUGCUCUGAACUCACAACAUAUCUUCAGAGUUUGCAUUCUCCUGUAAUCUAUCCUGAGAUGUUAGUCUUCCUUGUUUGAUUUAUGGCUACCUUCUUACCUUAAGUCAAUUAUUGUGAGUUUUUGUCUGUGGCCUUAUUUAUGACCCUAAGAGAAUUCUCCAUGUUGUAAAAGUGCCUUUGAAUACGUUAAAUCAGAUUUUUCUUAUUAUUUUUUUCUUAUUACUGAGUAUAGUGUUGCAUGUUGAGUAAAGAAUAUCAGCAACAGUCCUGGUAUAACAGCAUGCAUAUCAGAACUCACAGUCCUGCUGAGGAUAAUGAUUGUUUUGGUCUUUUUGUUGUAUGGUGGAUGUAGCUUGUCCAUAUUAGUUCAAUACUGCUGUGUUUUGACGUUUUUCACCCAGGCAUGCUUUGUCCUAUAAGGCAUGUAGAAGUGCUAAAGUUUUCCGUCCAAGUGUAUUUUGGUCAGUGCAUGUUGGUAACAUGUAAUUGCGUUAGUUUGACCACUAGAGGGCAGUCACAGCACUGAAUUACAAUACGAGUCGCUGCUAUGCUGAUGACUCAAGUUGAGUCUCCCUUUGUGGUCUUGGGGAGAAGUUGUGGAUCAACAGAGACCUUACAUUCGACACAUUCUUUGCAUUUUACAUUCUGUAAAUACAAGAAAAAACACUGAUAUGUCACAAAUCAUAUUUACGCUGACAGGCUUUUUUGCAAUACUAAAGCUAGAUGAAAAGUGAUCAAAUGAUCAAGAAUGUAACCAGUGCUGCUUGUACAAUGUGUUGCACGGACAUCUCCUAGUAGGUGUCAUUUAAAACAUGGUAGCUAUGUUGUUGCCUAUGAUUCAGUGUGUGGUUGAUACUGUGUCCUGUGCCCCCAACUGUAAAGCAUACUGUAUACUACUAUAUAUGUUGUUAUUGUGCAAUUUAGUUCAAGUAUUAAGACUAGAAGGCUUUGCUCUCUGUUCUUGCCUUUGGGUCCUUCAUUUUGUGAUUAAAGCCAACUAAUACUAACAUCACCACCAGCCCACCGAACCACAGUGAAAACAUACCACUGACUUCUUUUGGGUGUUCGGUGUCCUUUGUCACUCAUGUACGUACAUGAUGCUGUGUGAGGUAUCGCUGCUGGGGUGACACUUUCUGUGUCUUCUGUCUCUGUGGGUGGCGCUGCAACAGCUAGACAGGAUGUCUUUUGUUUGUUUUUUUCCACCCAUCUAGGACUCAUUAGAAAGGACAUGACCCCCUGUGUCUGUGAGCGGAGAGGGCUCUCCCACUGUAGUGGCAGUUUAGCAGGGGAGCAGCUGGGCUCGCUGGUGAAAUGUGUGAAGAGUCACGCCACGCGUUGGGAUUGUAAUGCGUGGCAAAACAAUAGCCUCCAUUAAAUGAAGUCCCCUUAAGUGUGAAUCGUGUUCCUGUGUCAGUGGAUUUUGUAGUCUCUUUUCACACAGCCAUUUCUCUGUGGUCACUGAACUUUUCAAAAGACGUGAUUUACAAAACCGUGGGAUUGGUAGGAAGGAAGUUAGAUGAACAAGCUGCCUGCCCACACAGUACGCCUUUGCUUGGUCAGAUCUUUUAUAACCUAGCACGGACACCCGAGCGAAGCUCGUCCGAGAAAAAGCCACAAGAGUAAACAGUCUCUGGGCUUUCAGAUUAAAUCACAUCCUCUGCUCCCAUACUCUUUGCCUCUCCCUCUCCUGCAGACAGAUACACAGCAUGUGGAUGGGUGCAAGCAGGGCAUGCCCAGUUGCUUCCACUAAUCCAGCCACAGUGAGAUCAGUGUUUUGGGGGUAUGAGAAGGCUCCAUAUUUAGAUGUAGGGAGAAGGGAGUGAAUUCUUGUAGAGAUGGUCAUCAGUGCACCUACCCCAUAGAUUAGACUGAUGAUGGUUUUAGGUUCACUUGGUUGGGUGUAGUUGGUUUUAUUUUGUUAGUUAGUCGAGCCAUCCGUCGUCACAGCAUCCCCUGCGUCUUUGCUGGGCGAAAGGCACUCCAGUGUAUUUGUGGCAUGAUCAGUGGCAGCACAGGAGUUACAACCGCAUACCACCACACAGUUACAGAAAGCCGUCCAGUGUUUUAGCAGACUAGUCUUAUUGCUUUUGUGAGAUGUUUGUGUUUCUGUUCACAACCCUUGUGUCUGCGGUGAUGACUCCCAACACUGCGAGGUCUGAAUGGAUGGAUGGUGUCCAAAACAAUGUGUUGACAAAUGUAAUUAAUAAAUAUUUAUUUUUCAUGUGA